UGCUGAGAUCUAACUCUUCCAUUGCACUGAGACAAGAUCGAUAGAGUCUACGUGGGCACACCGACUAAGAUUGCAAUCAUAGACCAUGAAAAGAAAAGGACUUUGGUGAUGCGUAAAGACGGAUUACCUGACGCUGUGGUGUGGAACCCUUGGAACAAGAAGGCCAAGUCCAUUCCAGACUUCGGAGACGACGACUACAAGCGCACGCUUUGCGUGGGUGCUGCCAACGUUGAGAAACCCAUCACUUUGAAGCCCGGCGAGGAAUGGACCGGAAGGCUCGAGCUUUCUCUCGUGGCCUCCAGUUACUGCAGCGGCCAGCUCGAUCCCCAAAAGGUCCUUCGAGGAUAAUGAUGAUGAUAAUGAACGGCGGUGAUUUAUUUGUCUACCGACAGUCACAUAA